UCCAAACUCAUGAAGCGGAGGGCCGAAAGAGAGCCCACGGCCAUGGCUGGAGAAGCCGAAGAGCACGAAGAAACCAGGGAGGGAGAAGCUGAGGAAGGCGAAGAAGACGCUGACCUCAAUUGUCGUGAGGGUUCCGACAUCUGCCAGGCCCUCAUGGACCGCUACGCCAAGUCCUCCGCCCCCCAGCAUCGCCACCUCUGCGCCUCCGCAGCCGCCAUGCGCUCCAUCCUCCAAGAAGAAGGGCUCCCCCUCACCCCGCCCGCCUACUUCGCCGCCGCCUUCACCGCCGUCCGCGAUUCCGCCCGCGCCGACACCAGCGCCACCGCCGCCCUCGCCUCCUUCCUCUCUAUCCUCCUCCCUCUCCUCCCUGCCGGGUCUUUGCCCCCGACCAAGGCCAAGGACGCCGCCUUUGUUCUCGCGGCUUUCCUUCGGGACCCGCCGAGUGGCCUGGCCACUGGGACGGCGCGCUCCUUGGUCAAGUCGUUGGGUUUGCUGGUGCUGCGUGUCGAUUUGGAGGACUGGGGAGCGGUUGAAUUGCCUUUGGAGACUCUUUUGGCUUUUGCUGUGGACCGACGCCCUAAGGUACGCAGAUGUGCUCAAUUAUGUGUUGAGAAGGUCUUUAGAACUUUGAAGAAUUCUGAUGUUGUUAAAAAGGCAAGCAAAGUGGUGGCUUGUAUGUACAAAAAAUACAUUCCAUUGGCAAAAGAACUCAGUUCUAUGGAACUUUCAGAUGCACCUAAAAGUAAAAAGCUGCCAAUACCUGAGCAUAUGGAACUCCUCCAUAUGCUAAAUGUGUUGACACUUCUCAUUCCAAACCUCUCUAAGAAAAUCAAAAUAAAGAUCUUUUCUGAUGCUUAUAAGCUUCUGGGUUGUCGUUUCUCAUUGCUUACAAGACACACUCUCAAACUUAUUGAUGCACUAUUGAGACACUCAGAAGUUAAAGUUCUCAUAUCUGAAUCAGAGAACAUUAGUUCUGCUCUUACAUCCUAUGUGUCUUCUAAUGAGAAGAAUCCUGUUGACACCAUUUUUGCUGCAUCCACAUUGUCGAAAAUUGUCUUGAACAAGCUUCACGAUGCUCAGCCAAACAUGUGGAUACGCUGUCUUCCUCCUAUCUUCACUUCAGUUGCAGGAUAUUUGGGUUCUGAUGCCAAUACUUCUAAAGAUGCUGCGCAUGUCUUGAAAGAAUUAAUUAACUUAAAUAUUGAUCGGAGGAUUUUCUUGACUAAUGCAAGUCAAUCAUGCAAUUUUGAGAAGGAGAGUUCCCCUGAGGCAGCUGCAGUUAUAUCUAUCAGUUCUCUGUUUAGCGAUUUGCUCAGCACUUGUGAUGUACCUACUGAGUAUAUGUUGGCAGUCAUUUCAGUUUUGUUUCUCAGUCUUGGUGAAUUCUCAUAUAACUUUAUGAAGGAGGUUUUACUUAAAUUGUCGCAUUGGGCAAUUAAUGUAGAUAAGGAAUUGCAAACUGCAAAGCAUCUUCAGGAGUGUAUUGGGGCUGCUAUAAUUGCUAUGGGACCAGAGAAGGUGCUUUCACUGAUACCCAUCACUUUUGACAAGGAAAAGUUAACUUGUUCAAAUACUUGGCUCAUACCUAUACUAAAGAAAUAUGUGGUUGGAUCAUCAUUGCAAUUUUUUAUGGAGCAUAUUGUGCCCCUAGCAGAAUCUCUACAAAAUGCCUGUGAUAAAGUUAAAAAAGCAUCUAAGCAGAAAAAUCUGAAGUCCUGUGUUCAUGGCUUAUGGGAUUUGCUUCCUGCCUUCUGCCACUAUCCAACUGAUACUUAUCAUAAUUUUAAGAUCUUGGCCAAGCUAUUGAUGGUGGUUUUAAAGGAAGAUCCAUCCUUACAUGAAGUCAUAGCCGUAGCCUUGCAGGAACUUGUGAAUGAAAACAGAAGUAUAGUCCAAACAAGUCAAGAUGACAACCAGCACGGGGACCUAUCAACUAGCCUCAUUUUAGAAAAUCUUCAUGUUGAAUCUAGAUUUUCACCUUUUCAUUACUCCAGGAAAACUGCAUCUAAGAAUAUAAAGGCCUUGACCUCGAGUUCUGUGGAUUUAGUUGAGACUAUUGCGGAUGUUUUCUUUGAUUCUCCUCCUGAAAAGCGUGCUUACCUGAAGGAAACAAUUGGCUGCUUAGCUUUUCUUGUCGGGAGUGAAAGCAUUCAUAGCCUCUUUCUUUCAUUAUUGGAAAAGUUUGAUUUAGUAGGUUCUUUAGUUGAAUCUAAAGAACUGGAGGAUCCAAGUCAAGAUGCUGAUAAGAAGGAAGAGGUAGAAGAAUCAGCCAAUAAGGAGAAACACAAAGAAAAUAGGUGUUUGGUUAUGGAGCUUGUAUCCUCAUUUGUUGAAGCAGCUGAUAAAGAUCUCAUUAAUAUAUUUUUUGAUUUUGUCAGGUCUUCUUUAUUGGUUUGUGAUGAGCGUUGUCAACGUGAAGCAUACUUUACUUUGAGUAAAAUUUUGAAGGGGCAUAGUUGGUUUUGCUCAGCUCGAGUUAAUGAGUUAAUCGAUCUGUUUAAUAGUAUUAAGGCCCCUGCGGAUAGUAUGGCGUUGAAAAAUCGUUUGUCGUGUUACCAUUUUCUAUUGGUUCACAUGUUAAAGAGAAAUGAGGAGAACAUGAACACCAAAGCAUUUUUAAUUCUGAAUGAGAUUAUACUCACACUAAAGACUAAGAAAGAAUCUCGAAAACUAGCAUAUGAUGUACUCCUGACUAUAAGUGGCAGCUUAAAGAACCCUCAGUCUGGUGAUGCAGAAUCAGAUCUUCAACGGUUAAUUAGUAUGGUGAUGGGAUAUCUCUCUAGUUCAUCUCCUCACAUAAUAAGCGGAGCAAUAUCUGCACUUUCAUUGCUUAUAUACAAUGAUGCUGACUUUUGUCUGGCUGUGCCAAACCUGCUGCCAUCAGUUUUAGUUUUGCUGCAAAACAAAGAUAUUGAAGUCACUAAAGCAGCUUUGGGCUUCGUAAAGGUGUUGGUUUCCUCCUUGCAGACCGAUAAACUACUGAAACUUGUCCCUAAUGUUGUCAAUGGAAUAUUGCCAUGGUCAUCUGUUUCAAAACAUCAUUUCAAAUCAAAGGUUGCAGUCAUCCUUGAGAUCUUCAUAAGAAAGUGUGGUUUUGAUGCCAUCGACAUUAUUGUGCCUAAAAACUGCAAGGCCUUCGUUAAAACCAUUAAAGAGGGUCGCCGAAGCAAGAAAAAUCCUAAGAGAGUUGCCCGUUCAGAAACAGCAGUGAAGUCGGCAGAUUCAGUCACCAAAGGAGGGAAGAAAAGGGUACUUGGUGAUGUAACUGGAUCACAAGAGAAGAAUUCCAGGGCAACUACCAAGGAUCAGAAAGGGAGAAGAAAGAAACAGAGAAAAGAUAUUUUGAGCAUGAAUGAGACUUGUCAAACUGCUGGUAGAAACCAAUUGACAAAUGGUGCAAAUCCUUCUAAUUCUGAGAGUUUACUUGAAGCACGGUCAAGAGAGAACAAAAAGAGGAAUGUGAUUGAUAGACCAAAGUGGCGCAAUAGAGCAACUGGUGACCAUAGAAGGGACGACAAGAAGCCGAAGCAUGCCCCAGCACAUUCCAAGUUUGAUCCAUCUGCCAAAUCCAACAAACGCAAAAUGUCAGGAAAUCCACGGGGAGUUAAAUGAGUUUCAUAAGCAUUUGCAAGAUGGAGAUAUACACAAUGAGAAUCUGCAGUCCCAUCUCAUGUCUCCAGGUUCAUGGGAAGUAUGUGGUAUUUGCUUGGAGACCGUCUGAGCUUGACAUUGAAAUUUGACACUCAGCUAGGAACCAGAAUUGCUGGAAGAAAAAACACAAUGUCUGAAAGUGAUAUGGAAGGUCAGGUGCUUCAACACAUGCUGGGAGGAGGCAAAACACAAGUCAUAUUUUCUCACCUUGAUCACCACGUCAAAUUCUGGCCUCACCCAUGACAAUCUUUUUGACUGUUCUCCCGGAAUGAUGUACAAUCCGAGUUUAUUUAUUCUUUUACAAAAACAUGAAAACUAUAACUAGAUUACAGUACCUUAUUUUCAAUGUAAAAUCUUGAUUUAUAAGAUAGAUUUUCCCCCCUCCCUUCCUUUUU